AUGUCAGAACAAAACAGGCCAGCAGCGCCGCGGAUAGCAAUCAAGUUCGGUACUCCCUCGAGUAACAACAAUCCAAAGAAGCUUGCAAAACCAAAUCCGCCGUCGGCGCUAGGAAAGAGACCGCGACCACACGCUCUAGGAGGAGAAUCUGAUUCCGAAGACGACCAUAAUGACCACCGUGGACGACACGAAAAGAUCACAGGAUUCGGUGCGGAGGGCGCAGAAACUGAGCGCAAAGUGAAGGACCCAAGGACAGAGAAGAAAGACUACGUGAUUGCUCGGCAAACCAACCGCGACUGGAGAUCAGAGGCCAAAGCGCAGAGAAAGGGAAAGAAUUUGCUUCCUGAGGAGGCUAGGGAUCAGCAGGCCGGAACAACAGUCGAAACAGAGCCCGCGGAUCAAGAUAAGGGUUUAAAAUGGGGUCUAACGAUCAAGGAGAAAACCGAGGACGACAAACAGGAUGCCGAUCUAGAUCCCGGCGAUGCAAAGGCCGACAACCAUGAUAACGACCAGAAGCUACCUCCUAAACGUUCGGCAGACGAUGAAGCUAUCGAUGCGCUAUUAGGGAAGAAGGAGGAAGAGAACAAGGUUAUCCAUCCAACCGAAGAGGACGCUUACCGUCGCGACAUCCAAGAAGCGGGUGAAGCAUCUACUCUCGACGACUACGAAUCCAUGCCUGUGGAGGAGUUUGGCGCAGCUCUCCUACGAGGUAUGGGUUGGGACGGCAAGUCUCGUGGUAAAGUAAAAGAAGUCAAGCGACGUCCUAAGGGGCUCGGUCUUGGUGCCAAGGAGCUCAAAGGGGAGGAGGACCUGGGCAAGUGGAAUCAGAACGGGCAAAGGAACAAACGACCACGCCUAGACGAGUACCGCCGAGAGGAGAGUAAACGAAAGGAUAGUCGUCGACAUGAGGACAGUUAUAAGCGCGAGCGCGAGCGUGAAAGGGAUCGAGACAGCAGGCAUGGGCACCGUGACCGCGACCGUGAUCGCGACCGUGAUCGAGACCGCGAAAGAAACAGAGACGGCCGACACCGAAGUCAUCGAGACUAUGAUCGGCGACAUUGA